UGUUUAUGGAAGAUAUCUUUACCUACUAUAUUGAUUAUAGAUAUCAAAAUCGAACAGAAACACACUCAAACGAAUCAUCAGGAAAAUAAAAAAAGUGGAAAGAGACUAAGAAAACAGAGCACUACAGAUUUUCAUCCUAAAUCACCAUUUACCACCACUACCACCAGAAGAAUAAUGCUUAUUCAAGCUCAUUGCUCCACAUCCUCUCCCAUUCAUCUUACCCAUCUUAGCUUCCAAAACCCCAUGCUCUCCCACCGUCUUCCUUUUAAUGUUUCUGGGUUCAAUGGAGUUCUUAACAUGCGGUCGGGUCAAAGAUUAGGUUUGGGAACGACAGUUUCAGCCUCUUCUGAAAGGCAGAGCUCGAGCUUUAAUGAGCAAAAGAAAAGAAAAAUUGUGGAGCAUAUUUGUUUGCUUAAAGCCAAAGCAGAUUUAUCUGAUGAGGAAGAAAAUGAUAUGCUUGAUUAUCUGUAUACAACUCAGUAUCAAAUGGCUGGAGUUCUUUCAGUAUCAUUAGGGCGUAUCUCUAACGAGAAUCUCGACAAUUUUACGCAUGCUGUUUACAUGCGUUUCCAGAAAAAGGAAGAACUUGAGAAGUUUUAUGAUAAACCUUUUUACUUGAGAGUUCUCAAGGAGCAUGUAUUUCCUUACUGCCAUGGAUUCCUAAAUGUGGAUUAUGAAUCUGAAGUAGAAGAUGAUAUGCUUCCUAUAUUUCGUAAGGGAGAGGAAUUCAACUAUGGUGUGGAAUUUGUGCUUCUGAUUUCAUUUGCUGAUAAAGCAAUUGGAUCUAUAGAAGAUGCAUUGGCUUCACUUGAAAGAGUGAUGGUGGGAUUUCCAUCCUUAAUUGUUCAAUCUACUCAAGGUAGGAAUUUUAAUGUCAGCAGUGAGGAGUACACUCAUGGAGUAGUGACACGAUUUCGAUCUUUCAAAGCUUUCGAGAUAUUUAUGAGCAGCUCCGAAUACAAAGAUAUAUGGAAAUCUAAGUUUCAGCCAAUCACUCAGAAAAUACUCUCUGUAUAUUAUUCUGUGGAUCCAGUUGGCACUGAGAUCAUGUAGAAAACAGCCUUUUCCGGCUUUUCAACGGACAUUUUUGCUCAGUUUCUUCUAGUAUUAAGAUCAAGCAUGGACAUAGUGAGUUUCUCUGUCUUAUGCUGUCUGUUUCAGGAGCUAUUAAAGACCUUUUUCUUUGUUAACCUUUUCAUUAUUGAGAUAGCUAAAGCCAAACAGCCUACACUGUUUUAAGUUUCUGUUGCAUAUGACUCAUUCAAUUUGAUAGCACAUUUCCUUUUCUAGAUCUGAAAAUAAUGAACAACCUCACUGUUUUUUAUUGUCUGAAUCAUAAACAGCCAUUCCUUUAACAAUUCCAUGCAGGGAAGCUCUCUGAUGAUAUUCAAGCAAUCCAAUCAGUCUGAUUCUCUCUCGGAGAUCAUGAUCAUUUAGAGAAAAGAGAGUGUAAUAUUCAUUACUAUAUGUUUCUUUUCCUUAUUAAAUUUUCUUCCAUUUUCUUCUGUUUUCUUUUGGCAGAAGGAAAAUUAAAUAUUUCCAUUUGGGAUUUGAUAGAGUGAUCAUUAUGAUCUGUAUAAAUAUACACAUGUCAGUCUGACAAACUUCCACACUGCAUUGGUUUGCUGGUUGCUAGUAUUUUCUCUGUGGAUUCCUAAAUAAAUAUAUUACAAUAAAUGGCACUAGACAUUUAGUGAAACCGUUUACUUUCUUUCCUUUGUUGUUUUCUAGCAAGGAAGUUGCCGGCUUGACUCUUUGAUAGAGAAAAAACUAGAACACAUACAAUUAAAAAAUCAUAUAAAAAUACCAUUUUUAUUUUUUAAUUUUUUAUCUUUUAUGUAUUUUAACUAUUUUAUAUACUCCAAAAGAGCCAAAAAUAUAAAACUUCAUCUGGUUUCUGUAAUAAAAUAAUAAAGCCAAAGUUAGUUGGCGAUUUAUGAUGUACUUCCAUUUGACUUUCUUAUGUAAAAAUUAUCACUUUUUUCUCUAAUAGCCUCUUACUUCUUCUAAUUGGACACCUACUGUACUUUGAAUCUUUUUUCCCUUCAGUUGUUUAGGAAGAAAUAUAUUUUUAUCUAAUCAUAAUAGUAAUAGCCUUGUUAGGAAAAUUACUAAAAAAUUAAAAAUUAAAAAAAAAUUAAAAAAAUAAAAAAAAAUUGGAAAAAAAUAUAUAUAUAAGUUUCUGAUAAUCUACAUGAACAACUUCAAAGAUGAUGAGUGUGGUUGAUGAUGAUAGUCAAGAAACAUUACAGUGUUUUCAAAACUUAAUGAAUAAACAAAGACUUAGAAUUCAAUUAUCAGUACUAUAUCUGUAUCUUACAUAUCUAUAUAUAAAGAAAAAUAAAAUGAUUUACAGAAUUAAAAACUAGAAACUGCAAAACUUCUCUGUAUGACAAAAUUCACAUGGAACUGAGUUUGGAAACAAGGCAAGGCUGCAGAGAUCAGUUGUGAAGAGGAUUUGGUCCAUCUGGAACAGUUCGUAGAGAAACACCGUGUAUCGGUUCCAUCUCGUAGUUUCUUGAUCCAUAUGGAGCUUGUGCUGAUGAAUGCCAUGAAAACCGGUUGUAGAAUUCAUCUCUGUCUGCAGCUUUGUUGGUUUCUUCACUGGUAAUUCUGUGGAGGUGACGACAUGUUGAGAGCUGUGUGACCAUGAGUAUGAUCAUCAACACCGCGAAUUGAAACCUUGGAUUUUGAAUUCCUCCUUCCAUGGUUCUUUGAUGAUGAGAAAGAAAAGAGGAAGCCAAAGGCUGUGUUUGUUUUUCUAUUUUGGUCUUUUGAGUUUGUUUGUCAAAUGCUAGUAAGGAGGUCUUGAAGUCUAUUUUUUCUUUUUAUAUAUGCAAUCAGACAAGCUGUGGAUGUGUGUGGGCAAAGAAAGAGCCAAAACUACACCAAUUGUUUAUACAGAAUGGCAGAAUUGACCAA